GAUCCCACGGGUGAACGUACACUAGGUAUUAUCACAAAACCUGAUUGUUUGCUACAUGGUUUAGAUUCAGAAAACCAAUUUUUACGGCUUGCUAGAAAUAAAGACAUUUACUUUAAACUGGGAUGGCACAUAUUAAAAAAUCAGAGUUUUAAAGAAGCUAAAUUCUCCAUUAAAAAGCAAAACAGCUCAGAAUCAGCUUAUUUUCAGAAGUCAAUUUUCGGAAUCCUUUUUUCUAAUUAUAUUGGGAUCAAGAGCCUUGUCAACUGUCUUAGCAGAUUAUUAUUUUCUUAUAUACAGCAAGCACUUUCUAGGCUUCAAAAAGAGUUAGAUGAAGCUUUGGAAAAUAAUAAAAAAGAGAUCUUUAUUAUAGGAGAGGCGAGAACAAGUCCAGAGAACUGCAAAAUGUUUCUGACCCAAUUGGGGUUAAGUUUCUAUAAGAUAUGCAAGGCUGCAGUCAAUAGUUAUUAUAAAGAAGAAUACUUCAUAUCUUAA